GCCGUAUUCACAGCAUCUCUAUUCAUUUCCAUUUCCAUUUCCAUUUCCAUUUCCAAACACUCACUCCCGCGAUUGCAGGUGUUAGGUUCUCUCUCUCUCUCUCUCUCUCUUUCUCUCUCUCGCUCGCUUUCUUUCUCUCUCGUAUUCGCUUUGUGGAUUCGAUCCAAUUCCAUUCGAAUCGGAUUCUAGGGUUUUCGUGUUUCGAUCAUUCGCGCGUGGCGAUUCAUUGGGCUUCGCCCUAGGGUUUCCUAGGCUACGUAGAUCUGAGACUGGUUCGUUCCCUUGGGGGGAGAUUUCGCUCUACAAUUCCAAGAUGUUUUGGCGUAUGGCGGGCUUGUCCACGGCCUCUCCCGUGGAGACUAUAUUGGAUAAGGAAAAUUUUACAUUGGAGGAACUUCUUGAUGAGGAUGAAAUUAUUCAAGAAUGCAAAGCUCUUAAUGGCCGCCUUAUCAAUUUUUUGCGAGAAAGAGCUCAAGUUGAACAGCUCAUACGAUUUAUCGUGGAAGAAGCUCUUGAGGAUGCUGAAAAGAGGCGAACUUUCAAGUUUCCUUUUAUUGCCUGUGAGAUUUUUACUUGUGAAGUUGAUAUUAUACUCAAAACACUGGUGGAGGAUGAGGAGUUGAUGAACUUGUUGUUUUCCUUUUUGGAGCCAGAACAGCCCCAUAGCACACUAUUGGCUGGGUAUUUUAGCAAGGUUGUCAUAUGCCUGUUGUUGCGUAAGACAGUUCCUUUUAUGCGUUAUAUUCAAGCUAAUCAGGAUAUUGUCAAGAAGCUAGUUGAGCUGAUUGGAAUUACAUCUAUCAUGGAGGUUUUAAUACGUCUGAUUGGUGCUGAUGAACAUAUGUAUACAAACUAUAUGGAAGCAAUGCAGUGGAUUGAAGACACAGAUGUGCUAGAGAUGAUAGUGGACAAGUUUAGUUCUUCAGACUCUCCUGAAGUUCAUGCUAAUGCAGCAGAAACACUUUGUGCUAUUACACGAUUUGCUCCACCUGGGCUGGCUGCUAAAAUCUCCAGCCCAAGUUUUAUAGGAAGAUUAUUUCGUCAUGCUUUAGAAGAUGCACGACCAAAGUCCGUUCUGGUUAACUCUUUGUCUGUAUGCAUAUCUUUGUUAGACCCUAAAAGGCUAACCUUGGGAAUAUAUCAUCAUACAUACAACCGCCAGAUAACUCAAGGACCUCCUGUAACUGCUAAUCCUGAGACAGUUGAAGGCAUGCUGGAAAGCUUAGGUGAUUUACUCAAGCUUUUGGAGGUCUCAUCUGCGGAGAAUGAGUUGUUAACUACUUAUGGAAAGUUACAGCCACCUCUUGGAAAACAUCGUUUAAAGAUUGUAGAGUUCAUCUCAGUCUUAGUGACAGUUGGUAGUGAAGCUGCUGAGAAGGAAUUAAUUCGCCUUGGAGCUGUACAAAGAAUUUUAGACUUGUUCUUUGAGUACCCAUACAAUAACUUUCUACAUCAUCAUAUAGAGAGCAUUCUAGUGUCGUGUUUGGAGAGUAAGAAUGUUCCUCUUAUUGAACAUCUUCUUCAUGAAUGUAAUCUUGUUGGGAGAAUUCUUGAAGCUGAAAAUAAUUACAAAUUGGCAGCUGAUUUGAACAAGGUACCAACUGUCCCUUCUGAGGGUAGAUUGCCACCCAGAAUAGGGAAUAUUGGCCACUUGACACGUAUAUCUAACAAACUUAUUCAACUGGGGAAUAACAGCGCUAAGAUUCAGGCAUAUUUGCAGGAAAAUAGCGAGUGGACUGAUUGGCACACAAAUGUUCUAUCCAAGCGGAAUGCAGUGGAAAAUGUCUUUCAGUGGGCAUGUGGGCGGCCAACAGCACUGCAAGAUCGGAAUAGGGAUAGCGACGACGACGAUUACCAAGAUAGAGACUAUGAUGUUGCAGCUCUUGCAAAUAACUUAAGCCAGGCUUUUCGAUAUGGAAUUUACAGUAAUGAUGAUAUUGAUGAGGCUCAUGGCUCACUCGAACGAGAUGACGAGGAUGUUUACUUUGAUGAUGAAUCUGCUGAAGUUGUCUUAUCUUCUCUACGACUGGGAGAUGACCAGGAAAGUGGCUCACUCUUUACAAAUUCCAACUGGUUUGCUUUUGAGGAUGACAGAGUUGCCAAUGAACGCUCAACUGGCUCACACGCAUCCCCAUCACCCAACACUGAGGAGACGUGUGUAAUUAAUGGUGGCAGUGAUGAUAAUGUUAUUGUUGGUGAAGAUGACGACUUGGUAGACACUGCAACAUCUUCUCCAGAAGCAGGGACAAAGUCAGAAGACACUACACAUCUUGAUAACUCAAGAGAAACGGGACACGCUGAAACUGAUAAACCUCCUGAAUGGGUUGAAUGGAGGGAGACUACGGAUUCCAGUGACCCGACUGAUGUUCUACCCAAUGGUGAGAUUCAAGUUGGAUUAGAACUUAGCGAGGCAGAUGCAGCUGAAGCUUCAUCUUCCACUGAUGGAUUGGAAAAGAAUGAUGAAACCGCUGCAGGACAUUUGCCUGAAUCAGCAGAUGCAAACCCAAGUCCUGAUCCUUCUGAGCAGUCGGAAUCAGCUAAUGAGAAUUCAAGUUUAGACCCAACCAAUUCUGAUGAUGUGGCGGUGGCUGAAGGAGCAGAAGGCAAAUCUAUGGCAGAAGAAGAAAAAAAGGAAGUUGAUGAGAAAUCGGGUUUAGGCCCCACUGAUUCGGAUGAUGUGGUUGCAGCCGAAGGAAUGGAAGUCACUUCUAAGGAAGAAGAAGAAAAAAAGGAUGUUGAUGAGAAAUCAGGUUUAGGCCCCACUGAAUCGGAUGAUGUGGUUGCAGCCGAAGGAAUGGAAGUCACUUCUAAGGCAGAAGAAGAAAAAAAGGAUGUUGAUGAGAAAUCAGGUUUAGGCCCCACUGAUUCUGAUGAUGCGGUUGCAGCCCAAGCAAUGGAAGGCACUUCUACAGCAGAAGAAGAAAAAAAGGAUGUUGAUGAGAAAUCAAGUUUAGGCCCAACCAAUUCUGAUGAUGUGGUUGAGGCUGAAGGAAUAGAAGGCACUCCUAAGGCAGAAGAAGACAAAAAGGAUGAUAACGAGAAAUCAAGUUUAGGCCCAACUGAUUCUGAUGAUGUGGUGGUAGCUGAAGAAAAGGAAGGCACUCCUGAGGGAGAAGAAGAGAAGAAGGAUGUUAAGGAAGCCGGCAACUAAUGUAAAUUUGCAAGAACCAGUUUUAUUGGGCUAACUCAUACAUUGCAACAUUGAGCAGGUCGGAAGAUGGAUUCUGGAGGUUGGAUAGGCGACUGUUACUUUAAGAGCCUUCUGUACAUCAUCAAUGGGGGCAGUGUUUGUUAAAUAGGGCUGAUGAUUCUUUACCCCCAUCCAUGAAAGUUGCUCUCUCUGAUUUAGGAAAAACAGAAAGAGCAGGUUCUGAUUUUCAAACUUUUCUACCAAAAAAUUCAAUGUUUCAUAAAUCAAGUACCUUUGUUAGGUGAUACAGAGACUGAAUUGUCACGUGUUGCCACAAGAAUCUGUCUAUAUUGUACGAUUGUCCUUCCUCCAAGAAUAUCAAGUGUUUAUUAUUAGAAAUUAAUUCCACAUGAAUGUCUUGAUUAUCGAACUGUACGAAACAAUGGCUUCCUAAUAAAAUUCUGGAUUUCAGUCCAGUUAAGGAUC